AUGAAAUCUGAUGACGCAGAUGAUAACUAUGACCAAAAAGGUGAUCAUAUUGAAUGCACAUUAAAGGAAAUAGGAAUGUCGAAUUGUCAUACACCAACAACUCCCAUUUUAUUGGGUCACCACACUUUACAAAAAGUAUUUCAUCAAGACGGAAAUAUAAUCGGACAAAUUGUUACUUUUAAUGCACUUUCAGAGCUUGCAAAAGAUGUGCCAAAAAAAAAAAUCUAUCAAAAAACAUCUCACGGUGUUGGAAGAAUAUUCGUAAAAUAUCAUGUACCAGGUAUAGUGGAGCCGGUGUGGCAAUGUGGAACUGGAUUCUGUAUUAAGAAAGGUAUUGUGAUGUCUGCGGGUCAUGUAUUUACCUUUAAAGUAGAUAAAAAUGCACCAAUAGAAACCCAAGAGAUGCAGAAAAAUCUUAAAUACCAAAAGAUCUAUAUUUACUUUGGUCCACAUGCCUCCUUGGAUGUUGAUGGUUUGCCAGUUAGUAUGGACAACUUCUAUGAGUUGGAGUCAUUGGGUAGAGAUUUUGAUCAAAAAUUCAAAGCUCCUUUGUCAUCCACUGACCUCAACGGUAAAACAUUCCAUUGGAAUCCAGCCAACGAUUUAGAGGUUCUCAAAUUCAAAGAAAAACCACCAAAACACGUUAAAAUUCUAUUGCCAAUGCUUCCAACCAAUCCACAAGCGGUCGAUCACUACGUCAUGGGAUAUCCAGGUUUUGUAACUUUGGAUAAAUUUAAAGCUGAUUACGAUGUAUCCUCUGUGAAACUUGGUUUGGAGAGUCUUUAUAUCGAAGUGGUCAAAGGUACUCGUUAUUUUGAGAACAAGACUGUUUUCAUUGGCAAGGUUGUCAAAAUAGAAAAUAAUGUGAUUACUCAUCUCUGUCCAACACUAGCAGGUACAUCGGGUGGUAUUCUUGCCAAUACUGAACAAAAGAGAAAGUUCGUGGGUGUUCAUCUCGGUGGAUCACAGGAAAUUGGAAACAUUGCAAUCUCUGUUACACACCCAUUAUUCUGGGACAUUUACGAAACUUAUGUUCUUAAAAAUGAUGAUAAAUUCAUUAAAAAGAAUCUUAAACAUUUAAAGGAAUAUUUAAUUUACUUUAAUUAUAUUAAAUUAAAUAAAGAAAAGAUAAAUUAA